AUGUCUUCGCCAUUCAGUGUGACAGAAGUGCAGCUGGCGCUAACCACAGCAGUCCAACUGCCGUUGCAGCCGAAGGUUGCAACGAAAGGUAAAACAAGCGAAAGAAGCAAGAAGAAGAGAAAACGUCCCGCAAUUGACAGUGAUGGCGAGGUACGUGAAAUGCAAGGAAAAGAAAAAAAAAAUAUUGUUAGAAACGCUAAAAAAAAUGACAAAAGAUUCAUUGUCGUUUGAGGACAUUGUAGAAGCAGCACGUUCCAAAUUAGAUAAAAAAAAUGAUAUUCUCACGGAGUUUGCACCACAAAUGAAUGUGUGUUGCCAAAAAGUUAGAGCAAUAUGCACAACUGGUAAUGUGCCAUUGGAUGUAAUAUUUGAUCUUUGUUUUUAGACUUCUCAAGCUAUGGCGUGUAUUAUAGCUGUCAUGAAUACGAAUAAGAUAACAGCAAAAGAAGCCGUACUAUCGUAUAAAAAAGAAUUGGAUGAAGAAUAUUCGUAUGAUUAUGUUGAUCUAAUUAGUCUGGGACGGUGGUGA